AAUCGUGCUGGAGCGCAAUGAAUCUCCGCCCCUCCGACACGCUUCCGGGAUUGGUCGGCAAGAGGUAGCCUGAUGCGUGAAAUACUCACUCACUGUGCCGAAGUGCCUGCAGUGGGAGUAGCUGCACUUUCUGUUUUCCUCCUGCAGUGGUUGAAGCUGUCUGUGUUCGCUGCAGUCAUGACCCAGGCAGAGUUUGAUAAAGCUGCUGAAGAAGUAAAGAAUCUGAAGUCUCAACCAACAGAUCCAGAAAUGCUCGACAUCUACAGCCACUUUAAACAGGCUUCAGUUGGAGAUAUAAAUACAGAACGCCCUGGAAUGUUUGACUUCAAAGGCAAAGCGAAGUGGGAUGCUUGGAAUGGCCUGAAAGGAAUGUCUAAAGAAGAUGCAAUGAAGGCAUAUAUAGCAAAAGUAGAAGAACUGAAGGGCAAAUAUGGAAUGCAGUGAACUCCUAUCUGCAUGCCUUAAAUGGAAUCAUGCCUUACUAAUACUGUGGACAACUGAACUGUACUACACAGUACUACAGUGCCAAGAGUUGAUGCAACAUUGGUGUUAAUAGCUGCUUUAACUUCUGAUGGUUUAUAGAAUAAAUAAAACUAAAUAAAAAAUAAAACUAUCAAAUUCAUAAAAA